AUGCGCACCUUCGAAGCUUGCGCUCUCUGGACCCUGAGUCUAUUGUUAGGCAGCAAGAUACUUGUCACUGCGCUCCCCACCUUCGAUUACAUGUGGACCCAUGUGAGGAGUGAACGCUUCUACAGCAGCAGUGGCGAAUGUCGAUCAGAUGAAGAGGGUUGCUUUUGGCCAGGAUUCAUCCGCCCAGCUGUUGAACCCAACGAGGAGGGUGACCCGGCGGUGAGGGCCCCCGCGGCUGUGUAUCCACAUGACACAACUCUAGCUGCCACCGCUACCGACGACAACACCGCUACUUCCUGUACACCAAGCACCGAGACGGCACUCACUGCGGCCGCGGACCUGAGGUUCCAACGCCGUGAUGAAGACACAGAGGUCAUCCCCCCUGCCGUCCGCUCUCAGGAGACGACUCUCCCUCCUGCCAACCCCACGCCGUACCCGUGCACCGGGCUUGUCCAGCCAUGCGAACCGGGCUACAAGGUCUUGCUGUUCAAUGGCCUCUGCAUCUGCUAUUAUCUCGGACCUCGCGGUGAAGCGAGGUGA